GCCAACGCCCCUCCUUGUUGGCAACGCCACCGCGCGUCCACGCCGCCCCCACCUGGCGCUGCCGCCAGCCCGCCACCUUGUCCUCUGGGAGUCGGAGUGCCGGCAGCGGGCAGGCAUUUCCCGUGCUUCGGUGCGGGCUUGAGGAUUGAGCGAUUGGUUCUGUCCCUGCACGCGGCGGCAGCCAUGCGGCGGAGCGGAGACGGCGUCACCACGCGGCGGAGCUCCGGCAGCGGCAGGUCCUCGAGUUGCUCGCGCGAAAUCGAUUGGAUUGCAGACGAGCAUGGGGGACUCCAGAGGCCUUCUAAACGAUUCAAGGCUCAAGAAUGGAAAAAGACAGCUGAGUGUCUAUCCCACAAGACAGGUAACUCAGUCAAGAGGAGGAACACAUGGUCACAAGAUGAAGAUGAUAUUCUUAUUCAAAUGGUAGGCCCACAUUGCAAAAACAAAUGGUCAGAUAUUGCACGCUCUAUACCUGGUCGUAGUCGACGACAAUGCCAAGAAAGAUGGAUGUAUUAUCUUGACCCUGCUGUGAACAACCAGCCAUGGUCAGAACAGGAGGACAUAACAUUGAUCCGUGCUCAUCGUAUUUUCGGAAACAAAUGGUGUAAACUGGCUAAACAUUUUCCUGGCAGGUGAGAUCAUGAUGUUGAAACAGAACUUGAAGGACCAAAUGUCACCUGUUCAGUUUGUAUCAGAUUCCUACAGAAUAGUAAAUAGUAACUUGUACUGAAUUAUUGUUACGAAACGGGAGAGGGCGAAGGCGAUAGGGAUGAGAGGGAGCCGGCAGCAAGCGAGGGCGUCGCCGGCGUGUGGGAGGCGCCGUGAUCGGUGGCUGCUGGGAGAACGAGAACAGGGAGACAGGGUCCUGACGCCCAGGGGAGACUUAUGUCUCAAUCCAGGCUUAAUCUCCUUAAGAGAAAUAAUCUCAGCCUUAUAGACUUGGCUGGUUACAAAAAUAGAAACAAACCUCCUACUUUCUCUCUUCCUAAACAAAACCUCCCUGGACUCUAGAAUCCUAACAGCACACGGCCUGGACUCUAGGUCCCU